AUGGAAGACAAUGAAGGUCCUGGCAAAUAUUCCUUUGUUGUAAAGGGAAAUGUGAUCACGAGAGAUAUCCGAAUGCCGCCCGAAUACUCACCGCAAGAGAAUGAUCAAGGUUACCGAAGUGCAAGGAUUGCGUCCGGAGUUUUCCACUCAAUCGGUCGAGGCGCUCAAGCAAUUGUGUUGGCUGCAACUUAUACAAAAGAUGGAGUGACGAAGAAUGUGGCUGUGAAGAGAUAUGACAUCCAAAAUCUUCGACAAAGAAGUAUUCCAAACACGUUCACGCAAUUGUUGAGAGAAGUUCACAAUACUCGAUUUCUAGUUCAUCCAAAUAUUGUAAAGGUGUUUGAUGUGUGUUACCAAGAGGGACCCAAUGGAUCACUGCACUACGUUUUGAUUACAACCGAAAGAAUGAAUCACACUUUAGACAAUUUCUUUGCUUCUUUGGAAGGACAACGAAAACAUCGACGUGUCGUGGCAUUGCUUGUGCAACUUUUCCGAGCACUUGAGUUCCUCCAUCAACGAGGGAUCAUGCAUCGGGAUAUCUCACCAAAGAACAUUGGAAUGAACAACACGGGAUUUGAGAUAAAGUUGCUCGAUUUUGGGAGUUGUGGACAAACAAAUCCUUUUGGUGAUCACACAAAACAGGUGAUGACUCCCCCAAUCUAUCAACCACUCGAAGUAAUCCUUCAGAAACCAUACAAUUCUGGAGUGGAUGUUUGGGCGGCUGGGCUUGUGGCGCUUGCGAUGCUUGGUUGUAAGCUCAUGUUUCCCACUGAUGACGAUAUGAAGAAGAAUCCGCUCAAUUGUGUCAAAGAGAGGAUUCUCAAUGUGCUUGGAGUUCCGUCAACAAAAUAUUGUGAAAUAUUUGGUCCAAUUUUGAUUUCGGAAGGAACAAGAGAAGCUAUUUUGGAAAAAAAACUUGACGAAGCGAUGGAGGAUCGUUUGGACGAGGAUCAAGGGGAUUUGACAAAAGGUGAGCUGAAAAAGCUACUGAUCCGAAUCCUCGAUGUGAACCCGCUCACAAGACCGAGAGCUUUCGAAUGUUUAGAGAUGAAAUAUCUGCAAAAUACACAUCGCCACUUGAAGCCAACACCUUUAGCGGCUGAUGCGAUCGUCGAAAAAAACGAAAAAGAACUC